GGUCCUUUUGUGUCUUAAGUAUUGCAACUCCAUUCCUGAUACAUCAUCAUGGGACAGUGUUACCCAAAGGACUUGAAUUGCCUGCAAAAGACAGCUGAUAACUGUCGCUUUCAAACUGAGCAUAUGUCAAAGGCCUGAGGUGAAGAGAAUGUACUAUGGACAAUUUCAGCGGAUACCAGAUGUCAUGACACAUGACCAUUGGAAAAUUUACUUUGUGAAUUGAAACACUUUUUGGAAUGAUCACUAUGGCCUUUCAAUUUCAUGGGAAAAUUUUUGCCCUAAGCCAAUGGCUGAAUAGGUAAUUCAUAAAAUCUCACUACAAUCGAGAUACUAGUAAUGCAAUGUGGACUUUAGCUCUUUGAACCACCACAUAAAAAGGGAAUGGUGGUCUGUGGGUUAUGCUGAACGGUUGACAACAGGAUAUUUACUGAUCAUCAACAGCCCUGGGUAAUACUGGUUUUUCCGUAGCCACACACCUAAAGAACCAAAUGCAUGGAGAUGAUUCUGAUGAGCAUGUUGAAUUUGCUGGUGGGAAUGUACACAUCGUUACUACCAAAGAAAGCUGGGAUCAGAAGCUGUCAGAAGCAAAUAAAGAUGGCAAGAUUGUUCUUGCAAAUUUCAGUGCAACCUGGUGUGGUCCUUGUAAGAUGAUGGCACCAUUCUAUUCAGAACUGUCCGAGAAACAUUCUUCUAUCAUGUUUCUGGUGGUUGAUGUGGAUGAGCUAACUGAGAUGAGCACAUCUUGGGAUAUUAAAGCCACUCCCACUUUCUUCUUCCUCAGAGAUGGCCAGCAAAUCGACAAGCUAGUGGGUGCCAACAAGCCUGAGCUUCAGAAGAAGAUCACUGCAAUCCUUGAUUCCGCCAACCCACGUUAGACACGAAUUUGUAAUCGGUUGUCAGUGCGCGCGCGUCUAUUUGGAUCCUCUGUGUAUGUGUGUAUUUGGGAUCCUUUCUUCAGCAGGUGCAAGGGGACCCUUUUCUUUUGCUUUCUUUUGUUGUGAUUAUUCUGAUUCCUACUCAUGAAAUUCUCUGUUCCUAAAUCUUUUGGCUUGGGACGUGUAUUUGUAUAUAUGAGUAUGACCGCGUGAUAUUCUGGAAAGAAUGUUUGCAUUGUGUUCAAAACGUUGGUUCUGGUGUAAAA